UGACAACAGCAGCACCUCAGCAGUAAAGAUGAUGGCAGACUCUGGAAGCAGCGAAGAAGUAGCUGUGAUCGGUAACACCGACCUCACUUCAACUGAAUCAGAGAACAACAUUAUAAACACGAUGGUAGAAAAAGGGACAUCUCUGUUGAGAAAAAUGGAGAUAAACGUGGCAGAGGCAGAAAAGAGAACAGGGAAGAACACGGUUAACAUGCAGGAAACCUACACUGUCUACCUCAUAGAAACACGGCCAGCGGAAACUGUCCCGGAGGGAGGUACACCAGCUGCACCUGACACUUUGUGGAGACGCUAUAGUGAGUUUGAAUUGCUCAGAACUUACCUGCUGGUCACUUACCCCUACAUCAUCAUCCCGCCACUACCAGAGAAAAGGGCAGAGUUUGUGUGGCACAAGCUGUCAGCAGACAACCUUGACCCAGACUUUGUUGAGCGACGGAGAGUCGGCCUGGAAAACUUCCUGUUGCGGGUUGCAUCACAUUCUGUACUUUCGAAUGACGAAAUAUUCUACCGCUUUCUCACAGAGGAGAAGGGAUGGAGGGAGAUGGUUUUGGAGACGGGUUUUCAAGACAAGGCUGACUCCAGGCUAAAGUCUCUGAGUGCCAUGUUCAGAGUCAAGAACCCUGACAAGCGAUUCACAGCAUUGAAACACUACAGUGAUGAACUGAACACUGUGAUCUCUCAGUUACUCAGGGUGCGGGCGAGAGUAGCAGACAGGAUGUAUGGAGUUUACAAGGUCCACGGUAACUACGGCAGAGUCUUUAGUGAGUGGAGUGCUAUAGAAAAAGAGAUGGGAGACGGACUACAGAGUGCUGGCCACCACAUGGACACGUAUGCUGCAUCAAUAGAUGACAUUCUAGAGGAAGAAGAGCACUAUGCAGACCAACUGAAAGAAUACCUCUUCUACACUGAUGCUGUCAGGUCUGUAUGUAGGAAACAUGAGUUGAUCCAGUAUGAGUUGGAGAUGGCAGCUCAGGACCUCGCCCAUAAGAAACAACAGAAAGAAGAGCUGGCCACUGGGACAGUGCGAGUCUUUUCUCUGAAGGGGAUGACCAGUAAACUAUUCGGCCAGGAGAGCCAGGAGCAGAGGGAGAGCAGGUUGGCAGCCCUGGAGCAGAGUAUACAGGAGGGAGAAGAGGCUGUCAAGGAGAAGAACACAGAGUGCCAAGAGUUUGUGCGAACAGCCUGGGAAGACAUUGAACGUUUUAAAGAGCAGAAAGACAAGGAUUUGCGUGAAGCCCUUAUCAGCUACGCCAUUAUGCAGAUCAGCAUGUGUAAGAAGGGAAUCCAGGUGUGGUCCAACGCCAAGGAGUGUUUCAACAAAAUGUGAGCCACUUUUCCAGCCAAUCACACUUCGCACCAAAACAAUAAUCAAUCAGAUUAUACAGACUGGGAGCAUCAGCCAGUCAUACUGCAGUCUUAUGGGAGUGGACCAUGGGAGCCCACAUACUGCUUUCUCUUUGUUUGCUGCGUAAAUUGAAGCUACUGAGAAUAAUUCUGUCUCCUUUUCUCUCUCACACACAUGCACACACACAUUUAUUUCGACGAAAGUACCAAGUCAGAGUCAUUUAGUGAGACCAUUCCUUUUAAAUCCAAGUGCCUUAACAGCACCACCUUUACAUUCUGCUGAUGUUACCUUCAAACUGCAGCCCCCUCCAAAUUUUCAAUGCUCAGCCUUAGUUGCACAGCUGACAGCAUAUCCAAGAGGAUAAUUCUGCAUGAAUAAUGCUUGAUAGUUACCUGUUGGGAAUAGCUGUUCAGUGUAUUUCAGUUGUAACCCCUCUCUAUUUCUCACCCUGAAAAAAAAGUUUACACAGCAGAGUGCUACAUAAUAUUUAGUCACGAACGGCUGCACAUUUUAGCCAGUGGUUCAUUAGACUCAUUUUAGAAUUACAUCUUUCAAAGAAAUUCAAAGAAACUGUGGUAUGUGCUUUUCCAUAUUUAUUUUAGGUAGGAUUUUCACACAAAUUAAACUGCAGUUAGAUGUCUUGAAGAAUCAAAAUAAAACUUCUUGUUAUAGGUAGCAAUAUUGAACAGCAUCAUGAUAACAUUGCGGCUAAUUUUGCACUUUUAAACUUAUUAAUUGUCACCGCACCAAAGCUUUUACUUUGAUAAUUGGUCAGAAAUUCAUAUUGUCUAAAUGCAAGAGCAUCUUUAAACUGGGACAUUUUGUAGCGACAGUUCCCUGGAGUUAUCCUGAAAAAUGUUGCCAGAGAUUUGCCUCAGACUUUUUCACAGCCUCUAAUAAUAAAUGUAAUCAUUUGAAAUUCUACUUAAUAAAAAUGUCAGGUGUAAAUUAAUUUAUUUUUUUUUAAAUGCAGUAAAUCAAACUGUAUGGCAAAGAAACACGGACCAUACUUCAGAAAGCCACUACACAUUCACAUUUCCUUAUUUCCUUACAUUUUAUGUACAUUCGUGAUGAAGUCAGUCUUCAUGCUGUUAUUGAUUGAAAGCCGACCAAAGUGCUUAUGACCAAGUACCCGUGUAGUACAGAUCAUAGGUGGGAAGAAGAAGAAGGGGAGAUUAACAAGGUUGGGGAAUUUUUUUUUUUUCUUUUUUGGUGCCAAAAACAUACGCCAUUUUGAAGUGCAGCCGGGAAGGCCUCAUACUGUUUUGAUUACAGUGGGUUUGUUUUUCUAGGAGAUUUUUUGAAAGACUGAAGCACGGCAACCCCACAAACCUCCUUGAUCUACCAGGUGCAACCAUAAACGUUAAAAGCGACACAUACAGAUCAAUAGUUGAGCCUUUUCUUUGCUGUCAAGCUUUAUAGCCUUAAUACAAACAUUGGUUUUGUACAACAGGGGAAGGACAAAAAAAAGUUGCUGUUGACCUUCUCUGCCUCAUCGCUUUUUCUGACAUUAAGUCACUGCAAUAAAUAACGGAGCAGAGUUCCAGGCAUGCCUCGGGUCAAUGUUUAUGACCAGUAUUGGCCAGAAUGUGGAAACCUUUCAGUACAGAUAUAUUAGAUCCUCACAAUCUGUCUUAAUGCAUAUACUAUAGAUAUACAACACAUAUGCUCGUUUCGCUUCCUUUAAGAUAUCUGUCUGAGGUGGAAACUUUGGUGCAAAGUUGCUCUAACAUCUGGAAGUUAGGCUGAGAUUCUUUCCCAUCAGCAAGUCCUAUUUCUUUUCAAAAUAAGCAUAAUCAGUUCAUUGAAAUAAUCCCAAAUCGAGGCUUUACGUAUGUUUUUAUAAUAAACAUGUUAUUUGAGAGAUUGUUUUUAUGUUUCUGUAUUCACUGUGCUAAGACACUAAUAAACAUAUUCCUUUUUUUUUAACUA